AUGUGGAUGUUGGUCAUAGGUGGCUGGUUCCCUAUAUACGACAAAUGCGAUGUACCAGAAGGUCAAGGACAACACAACAUGGUUCUUGGGUACAACGGUGGGGACUCAAAACUUUGGGACAAGUUCAGCCCUCAGCUAGACGACUACGUUGUUCCUUCGCCUAUCAUCUCCGUGAUUGGGGGAGGACCUACCGGAGGUGCCACGAAGACUUCCCCAGCAACGUGGGGCCACCCUGAUCUUGCUACCUACUAUACACUUAAACCUACCUUUACUGCAAGAUCAGCUACUCGUGCUCUACUUUCGGCAACAGAAUCCCCAUCCCCCAGAAGCUCAAAGAAGACGAAGGUGGGAGCUAUUGCUGGUGGUACAGUCGGAGGGCUUUUGGUACUCAUAGGCAUCCUAUGCCUUAUACUAUUCUGCCUGCAUCGGCGGAAGAAGGCAUUGAAGACGAAGGAGGGUGAAGUUCCACUCGAUCUUCCACCUGCUGAGCUUGCGACUACCGUGCCUCAAGAGAUGGCCGACACAGCUGCUAGCAAGUACGUUUCCAUACAUGACCAGGCAGAUUCUAUCGCCCUUGGUUAUUCCGGACAUGUCCAACAACAAUCAUACUCCGUUAGCCACGACUACAACUCACCGUAUUCGGCUCAAGGUCCUCCUUCGUACGGUCACGAUCCCCCAUACAUAUCUCCUGUUGAGGGUGGGCACGCGAAUCACUCGCCACAUGGCGAGCAAAUCUCCAGCGACGGUAAUGUUGCUCGUAACUCGCCGACAGCUGCUUGGAGUACUCAAUCCAUCGACGAGCUCGCGACAAUCACCACAUUCGCCUUCUGGCAACAGAGGGAGUCCGGUAGGGACGCAAUACAGCAGCGAUGGACGUGCCAACCACAUCAGCACUACAAGUACGCCGGCACGUUUUUAUGCGCAGGCACCACAGCAUGA